AUGGGCGCUAAGAUCAUCGCAGAAGCUAAUAACUUCACAAGUUUCCUCAAGUUAUGUCAAAAUGAAGACAAAUGUUCUACGACCUAUGAGGACAUGCAAAUACUGCUUGUUCAAGAUGAUAAGGUACCCUUAGACAAAAUCUACGACGGAAACCGACCUGUCUUCGUUUGUCAGAGAACAUGUCAGCAAGUUACACCAGAUGACAGUACUGAAGAUACUCCCCUUGACGAAGGUAUUUCUGCUGAGCUGCAGGAUGAUUUGGGGCCUCAGCCUCUGACUAUAAUGAGAGCAAGGCAGCUGCUCUCUUGGUACACAAUGUCUCAGAACCCCAACAUGCCUCAGGUGGAUGACUCUGCUUUCCACCCCAUCUGGAUCCGCUGUGACAUGAACGAUCCUGCAGGCACUACCUGGAUGGGGGCAGAGACUGUCCACUCUGGCUCCAAGGUUGCAGCAGUCAAGCUAUACUCUGUCUGCAGCAAAGGUGCAACUGCAGAUAAAGCUUCAUUCAUCACUUUGGAUGAGCUUAAACAGGAGCAUCAGAAGAGGCACCAUCCUUCUGCCAUGGUGACCAGAGGUUGGGCACAGUACAAUCUCUUUGGUUCCACAACAGUGGAGAACACCAUUAUUGAGUCUCAGAGUAGCAUAACCGUCAGCUUCACAUGGAACAACGUGGAAAAAAUCUUGGAGACCCCUCCACUGUCCUCCCUGGCCACUCUGAAUAUCAGAGUGGCAGUAGGAGAUAUGAGGAGCCCAAUGUUUCAGACAUACAAGGAACUGGAGUUCCUUCAGAUUCUGGCAGACGGUCUGAAGACAGGAGAGACAGAAUGGUUAGAACCUCUGGAGACUCAGUCCGCUGUAGACCUGACCAGAACUCUUAUAGAAGAGCUGGAGAACAUUGCCAGUGCAGUACCUCAAACUACUAAAGGCUCUGAGACAAAUAAAGUUAGGACUGAGUCUUCCACCUCAGACACUCCUGUAUUUAACUCACUGCUGGUGGAGAGAGGAGACCUGGACUUCACUGAGCAACUGUGGGUGAAAAUGCGGAGAAGCGUGACCUCAUAUCAGGAUAUCAGAGACUGCCUAAAAAUGGUCAUUAAAGCGGUGAAAUAUGGCCAAAUCAAACCAUGGAUCCACAGAGACAGUAGCAGUUCUCUCAGUAAGCUCAUCCUGCAGUCCUACCAGCAGCAGAUGGAGCCCGUGCCCCUGACUGGACUCACACCUGUGCACAUGCUGCUGGAGAUGGGUCUGGAUAAAAUGAGGAAGGACUACAUCAACUAUCUCGUCGGAAAGGAAUUGACAACUCUAAACAACUUGAGUUACUAUCUUAACACUGAGGUAGACUUGCAAGAACAAGUGAUGAGAGUGAGAAAACUGCACCACCUACUGGAGAUCUUGGGUAUCUGCAGCACUUUUCUCAGCCUGCCCUACGAGCGCUUGUUCCUCUUCACACAGUCAUGUUUGCAGUACUAUAAAGAUUCCCCUUAUGACGAGACCCAUGAGUUCAAAGUGGAGAUCAAACCUGCUUUAAUCAGCUACUUCUACCAGAAGGAGCAGCCAUUGUCAUGGGGGGUGGAGGUGUCCAGUGGACAGGGUCUGCGGGAGGUCAGGACUUCAUGGCACCUUAGUGACAAGCCCCUGGUGGAUCAUGUGACCUUUGACUCAGAUGUGCCAUUAGAGACGACUGUGAAUGGAGAGAGUGAGGAGACCUCGUACUACAGAACGCUGGUUUGCUGCAGUCUGGUGAACUUCACUUAA